AGCUGGUCGGGGAGAGGGCUGGUCCCCGCUGCCCCAACCUGGCCGGGCGCAGAGCGGGGCGCAUGGCGCCGGGCGCACGGCGCGGGGGCUGUGAACAAAGGGCCCCCGGCGGCGCAGCGGGGACGGCGGCGCUUGGACCCCGGCCCCGGCCCAGCCCCGGCCCACCCCUUAUCCCCGGCGUGGCGCCUCCGCGGAGCCGGAAAAUGUGGGGCGCCCUGCUCUGGUCGCUGCUCUGGCUCCUACUGCUGCUGUCGCCGCGGGACGGCGUGCACGCUUCACAGCCCCAGGCCUCGGGCUAUUUGAUCACUGCACCCUCUGUCUUCCGCUCAGGAGUGGAAGAAGUCAUCAGCGUGACCAUCUUUAACUCCCCAAGGAAAGUCAUGGUCCAGGCUCAGCUGGUGGCCCAGGGCGAGGCUGUGGCACGGAACCAGGGAGCCAUUCUGGAUAAAGGGACGAUCAAACUCAAGGUCCCUUCCAGGGCGACACCCCGUUUCCAAAGCUCCGUGCUCUGCCUGCAGGUGCCCACGGGUCUCCGGGGCCAGGCCCUCCUGAAGGUGUGGGGCCUUGGCCGACGAGCAGAGGAGGGCCCCCUCUUCCACAACCAGACCUCAGUGACUGUGGAUGGCCGGGGAGCCUCUGUGUUCAUUCAGACCGACAAGCCAGUGUACAGGCCCCAGCACCGAGUGCUCAUAAACGUCUUCACUGUCACCCCAGACCUGAGGCCUGUCCGCGAGAAGCUGGAAGCCUACAUCUUGGAUCCCCGGGGCUCAAGGAUGAUGGAGUGGAGACACUUGGAGCUGGUCUGUUGCGGCAUCACCAACAUGACCUUCCCCUUGUCCGACCAGCCGGUGCUGGGAGAAUGGUUCAUUUUUGUCGAAAUGCAAGGCCACGUGUACAACAAGUCCUUUGAAGUUCAGAAGUAUGUGCUGCCAAAGUUUGAGCUCCUUAUUGACCCACCCCACUAUAUCAGGGACCUGGACGCCUGUGAGAUCUGCACCGUGCAGGCCAGGUAUACCUUUGGGAAACCCGUGUCCGGAACCUUAAUGAUCAACAUGACUGUGAAUGGAGUGGGGUACUACAGCCAGGAGGUGGGGCGCGCCGUUCUUAGGACCAUGAAGAUCCAUGGCUCCCAGGACUUUAACAUCUGCGUGAGGGACAUGAUCCUGGCCGACGUCCCUGAGCACUUCCGGGGCAUAGUCAGCAUCUGGGCCACAGUCACCACUGUGGAUGGGAGCCAGCAGGUGGCCUUUGACGACUCCACCCCCGUCCAGAGGCAGCUGGUAGACAUCCAGUACUCUAAGGUCACCAGGAAGCAGUUCAAGCCGGGUCUGUCCUAUGUGGGGAUGGUGGAGCUGUCCUACCCUGAUGGCAGCCCAGCUGAGGGGGUGACGGUUCAAAUCAGGGCAGAGCUGACACCAAAGGACAACAUCUACACUACGGAGUCUGUGUCCCGAGGUGGGCUGGUGGAGUUUGAAAUCCCCUCCAUCCCCAUGUCAGCCCAGCAUGUGUGGCUGGAGACCAAGGUGACAGCACUCAAUGGAAAGCCCGUGGGGACUCAGUACCUGCCCAGCUACCUCUCCCUCAGCAGCUGGUACUCCCCCAGUGAGUGCUACCUGCAGCUGCAGCUGCUCUCCCGCCCCCUGCAGGUCGGGGAAGAAGCCCACUUUUCUGUGAAGUCCACGUGUCCCUGCAAUUUCACCUUGUACUAUGAGGUGGCUGCACGAGGCAACAUCGUGCUGUCGGGCCAGCAGCCUGCCCACAUCACCCAGCAGAGAAGCAGGCGGUCGGCCCCGGAGAAGCCAAUUCGCUUAACGCACCUUUCCGAGACAGCGCCCCCUCCAGCCCCAGCAGCAGAGGUCAAUGUGUGUGUGACCUCUCUCCAACUGACUGUGACCCCCAGCAUGGUCCCCCUCGGCCGUUUGCUGGUCUUCUACGUCAGGGAGAAUGGAGAAGGGGUCGCUGACAGCCUCCAGUUCACUGUGGAAACCUUCUUUGAAAACCAGGUUUCACUGAUGUAUUCAGCCAAUGAGACCCAACCUGGGGAGGUUGUUGACCUGCGGGUCAGGGCUGCAAGGGGCAGCUGCGUGUGUGUCGCCGUGGUUGAUAAGAGCGUCUACCUGCUGAGGUCUGGGUUUCGGUUGACUUCUGCCCAGGUUUUCCGGGAAUUGGAAGAUUACGACGUUUCAGAUGCCUUUGGGGUGUCACGGGAGGACGGACCCUUCUGGUGGGCUGGGCUGACGGCCCGACGUCGCCGGCGCUCCUCUGUCUUCCCGUGGCCCUGGGGUGUCACCAAGGACUCCGGAUUUGCCUUCACCGAAAUGGGACUGGUGGUGAUGACUGACCUGGUGAGCCUGAACCACCGGCAGGAUGGCGGCCUGUACACCGACGAGGCUGUCCCCGCCUUCCAGCCCCACACGGGGAGCCUGGUGGCAAUGGUGUCCUCCAGGCAACCCCCCAGAGCAGAGAAGAGGAAAAGGACCUUUUUCCCAGAAACAUGGAUUUGGCAGUGUCUCAACAUCAGUGACCUGUCCAGUGAGGAGACACUCAGUGUGCAGGUCCCUGACUCCAUCACCAGCUGGGUGGCCGAGGCUGUGGGUCUCUCUACAACAUGGGGCUUGGGCAUCGCUGAGCCCACCCUGCUGAAGACCUUCAAGCCUUUCUUCGUGGACUUUACACUGCCCCCCCACGUGGUUCGUGGGGAGCAGACCAAGAUCCCGCUCAACAUCUAUAACUACAUGGGCGUCUGUGCUGAGGUAUACGUGAAGAUCUCAGUUCCCAAGGGCAUCCGGUUUGUCGGGCAUCCUGGCAAACGCCAUCUGACCAAGAAAAUGUGCAUGGCCCCUGGGGAGACUGAGCCCACCUGGGUGGUUCUGUCCUUCAGUGACCUGGGGCUCAGCAACAUCACAGCCAAAGCCCUAGCUUAUGGAGAAACAAGCUGCUGCCGGGAUGGGAAGUCCAUCAAACACCCAGAGGAGAAUUACACUGACAGGAGGGUCCCCGUCAGGAGGGACCACAUCAGGCGCAGCGUGGUGGUUGAGCCCGAAGGAGCCCCCCGCACAUAUACCUACAGCGCUUUCUUCUGUCCCAACGAGAGAGUCCAUAUCUCCACACCCAACAAGUACGAGUUCCAGUAUGUGCCGCGGCCACAGCACCUCACUUGUUUUGACAUGGCUGUGCGAGCCCACAACGAUGCCCGCGUGGCCUUGUCCCCUGGGCCCCAGGACACGGCGGGCAUGAUCGAGAUUGUCCUGGGGGGACAUCAGAACACCAGGUCCUGGAUCUCUACCAGCAAGAUGGGCGAGCCCGUGGCUAGCACACACACAGCCAAGAUCCUCUCCUGGGAUGAGUUCAGAACAUUCUGGAUCAGCUGGCAUGGCAGGCGCAUCCAGGUUGGCUAUGGUCCAAAGCCAUCCAACAAGUCUGUCAUUGUGGCCUGGACCCUCCCCAGGGCACCAGAAGUCCAGUUCAUUGGCUUCUCCACUGGUUGGGGCUCCAUGGGCGAGUUCCGUAUCUGGAGGAAGAUGGAAGUAGACGAGAGCUACAGUGAAGCCUUCACCCUGGGGGUUCCACACAGCGCCAUCCCCGGGUCUGAGCGGGCGGCCGCUUCCAUCAUAGGAGACGUCAUGGGCCCAACCCUGAAUCACCUUAGCCACCUCCUGCGGCUGCCCUUUGGCUGUGGGGAGCAAAACAUGAUCCACUUUGCGCCCAACGUCUUUGUCCUGAAGUAUCUGCAGAAAACCCAGCAGCUCAGCCCCGAGGUGGAGAGGAAGACCACUGAUUACCUGGUACAAGGCUACCAGCGGCAGCUGACCUACAAACACCAGGAUGGCUCCUACAGUGCUUUCGGGGAGCGGGAUGCAUCAGGAAGCAUGUGGCUCACGGCUUUUGUCCUGAAGUCCUUUGCCCAGGCUCGCAGCUUCAUCUUCAUCGACCCGCGGGAGCUGGCAGCCACCAAGGGCUGGAUCAUCAGGCAGCAGCGGGCAGACGGCUCCUUCCCGGCCGUGGGCAGGAUUCUGAACAAGGACAUCCAGGGUGGGGUCCACGGCACAGUCCCACUGACGGCCUACGUGGUGGUUGCGCUCCUGGAGCUUGGCGCAGCCUCAGAGGAGGAGAGGGGUGCCAUUGCCAGAGCGCAGCACUUCCUGGAGUCCAACGUGGCCCUGGCCUUGGACCCCUACAUCAGUGCCCUGAUCGCCUACACGCUGACCCUGCUCCGCAGCCCGGCAUCUCCCGUGGCCCUGCGGAAGCUCCGCAGCCUGGCCAUCAUGCAGGAUGGGGUCACACACUGGAGCCUGACGGGUUCCCGGGAUGGGGACAAGGACACCUUCCUGAGCUUCAGUGACGGGGUGUCUCAGGCAGUGGUCUCAGCUGAGGUGGAAAUGACGGCCUACGCCCUGCUGACCUACACCCUCCUGGGCGAUAUGGCCACCGCCCUGCCCGUGGUGAAGUGGCUGUCGCAGCAGCGGAACGCGCUAGGGGGCUUCUCCUCCACUCAGGACACCUGCGUGGCUCUGCAGGCCUUGGCAGAGUAUGCCAUCUUGUCCUACGCUGGCGGUGUCAACCUCACCGUCUCCCUGGCCUCCACCAACCUGGACUACCAGGAGACUUUCGAGCUGCACAGGGCCAACCAGAAGGUUCUGCAGACAGCGGUGAUCCCCAGCCUCCCCACAGGGCUGUUUGUGAGUGCCAAGGGUGAAGGCUGCUGCCUGAUGCAGAUUGACGUCACCUACAACGUGCCGGACCCAGUGGCCAAGCCAGCCUUCCAGCUGCUCGUGAGCCUCCAGGAGCCUGAGGCUGAGCAGCCUCAGCCCCCGGCCCCGGCCUCCUCAGCUGAUGACGAUGACCCUGCAGCCGACCAGCACCGCCAAGAGUACCAGGUGACCCUGGAAGUGUGCACCCGGUGGCUGCAUGCAGGGUCCUCCAACAUGGCUGUCCUGGAGGUGCCACUGCUGUCGGGCUUCCAGGUGGAUGUGGAGAGCCUGGAACAGCUGCUCCUUGACCAGCAAGUGGCGCUGAAGAGGUACGAGGUGGCUGGACGCAGAGUGCUCUUCUACUUUGAUGAGAUCCCCAGCCAGUGCCUGACAUGCGUGCGGUUCCGGGCGCUCCGCAAGCAUGUGGUGGGGAGGACAUCCGCUCUGCCCGUCUCCGUGUAUGACUACUACGAGCCUGCCUUUGAGGCCACGCGCUUUUACAACGUCAGCGCGCGGAGCCCGCUCGCGCAGGAGCUGUGCGUGGGUCCCGCGUGCAACGAGGUGGAACGCUCCGCCGCACAGGGCCCCGGCUGGUCCCCUGGCGAGCGGGGCUCCGCGGCCGCCGCAGAGGAGGGGGCGACAAUCACGCGCUGCGGCUGCUCCCGUGGCUGUGGCGCCCGAGAGGACCCGGUGUGUGGCUCUGACGGCGUUGUCUACGCCAACGCCUGCCGCCUGCAGGAGGCCUCCUGCCGUGGGCGCGAGAGGCUGGAGCCCGCGCCCCCUGGCCGCUGCGCCCUCGAGCAGCCGACUCCAGUCUCUGCUUACAACUACAACUAUGACCCAGUCCCCCUGGACUCUGGGCACCUGGCAGCUGGCCAUGAGGCCAUGGACUUGGAGGGGGAAACAGAAGACAGUCAGAGUGGCUUCUCUUCCUAACGCUCAGAGCAAGACUUGAUUUGGCUGCAUACUGUCCCUGUCCAUUCCGCUGGAAGGGGGCCAGUAAUGGAAGAACUUCCUGGACUGCCUGGUGGGCUCAUGGACCCUGCCCCAAGUGACUCCCACCGCCAAGUGAACCCUAUAAACAGAACUGCAGAGACCUGACCUGCCCCAGUGGAUGAUGGGCCUCUUGGGGACCCAGACCCCACCUCCACAGGGGGAAGGCUUUUGUGGGGGUGGCUGGAGGCUCUUCACCCCCCCCCCCAAACUCCCCAGCUGCAGCUGGAGCUCCAGGCACCCCACCCUUCAUCCCAGGACUGGACGUACCCCCAUUGCAGGCCAGAGCAGCUCCCUCAGCUGGACUUUUUACUCCUGGGAGAAGGGACGUUUCUGGGAAGAACUCCUGGCCAAAUGGUUGUUUCUGAGGGGACAUGACUGGCCAAAUCAAGGACAUAGCAUUCAUCCCCUCAUCAGCAGCUUUGAAAUGAAACAAGCUGCCUUUCUCCGAAAUGCAAAGCCCCGGCCUCCCCUUUGGGGGCAUCCAGACUGCUGACUCUGAAUUGUAGCAGUCUGUGCCCCCCCCUCGCCCCCCGCGCACCCCAGUCUUGUCCCAGAGGUGCCUGAAUGUUAGGUCUUGGGCAGAUGAACCUGGAUCUUCCUGCCGUCUGGGCUCUCCCCAUGAGUCCCUGCCCACCUGGCUCCCCACCUGGAGGACCGCCUCCUCCUCAGCCUUGGGGUGGGCCGGUUGCCCCAGCUCCAUGGUCCACUGAAGCUUCAUACUCAGACCUGCCUUCCUGCCAGGAUCCUCUUCAGCUGUGGCCUGAGUCCUGUUUUGUAUUCCCUCAGGCGUCCGCCUGUCUUCCCCUCACCCCCACCCACUUGUAUUUAUUUCAGACCUCCACAGGGGGCAGCAUAGAGACCCGUCUAUACCGGAGGUGGCUACCCCAAUCCAUGGGGUCCCUGUCGUGAACCUGGGCCAUUUCCUGUGCUCCUGACCCUUUCAAGUCUACGAGAGUUCACUGGCUGAGGCUGCAUUCCUCAAUCCCUAGAGGCUGCCGGUGUAAUAAAAGCUCAUUCCCACAGAGUCA